AUGUUUGAUAAUAUCACAGGAACGACACCAUAUUGUAAAUAUAAAGAAGGUGACCAAUGUUAUUACUCAGAUGAGCAUCUUCUUGAACAGAUAUAUGCAUUUUUAAAACCACAUACCCACGAGUGGAUCUAUUGCGUUAUUUUCAUUCUCGUUUUUAUCUUUGGAGUAACUGGAAAUUCUCUGGUUUGUUUUGCUGUAUGGAGAAAUGUUCAUCUUCGGACAACGACUAAUUUAUUUCUUGUGAAUUUGGCUGUGGCGGAUUUACUUGUGUUAAUUCUGUGCUUACCACCAACCUUUGCUCAAACGUUUUGGGAAACGUGGUUUCUUGGAGAUGUUAUGUGUAAAAUAGUUGAAUUUUAUCAGAGUGUUUCAGUCAUUGUUUCGGUCUUUACCUUAACAGCUAUCUCAGUAGAAAGGUGGUUCGCUAUCUGCAGACCAAUGUCAUUUAAAGAAAAGAGGAAGCACGUCAUUAUUACAAUAGGUGUGAUCUGGUUAGUGGGGCAUCUGGCAUCACUUCCUCGUUUGAUAAUAUUUACUGCUACUCCAGAUCAGAUGAUUCCUGUUAAUCUUACUGUAUUAUUGACAUCAUGUACACCAGAGGGAUAUCCUCGGGUGGCGUAUAUCAAUGAAUUAGUGUGCUUGGUUCUCUUUUAUUUAUUACCAAUUAUCGUCAUGGGAUAUACAUAUCUAUCUAUUGCUAUUUGUUUGUGGUCCAGUAACAUUUGUUCUUCAUUAAAACCUCACAGACAAAAUAAAAUCAGUAUGGACAAUUUGAAAUUAAUUAACUCAUCUAUCAUGAGUCUACAUGAUAAAGUUACUUCCCAGCUCAAAGCCAGAAGACGAGUGGCUAAGAUGUUAAUAGUUGUUGUUAUUGUAUUCAUACUUUGUUUUCUCCCAGUGUACAUUUGGAAUAUUUUAAGACAUCCAAUUGUUCACCAAACAUCUAAAACAUCUUCAGCUAUUGGUUAUACAGUUCAUCUUCUUAUUUAUAUCAAUAGUUCCAUUAAUCCAGUUAUAUAUAACUUUAUGAGCGGUAAGUUUUAA